AUGUGGUUAUUGGGUCUUUUGGUCUUGGCAAUACAAUGCUUUGGUCAGGAUUUGGAAUGCAGUAGUAGUGCCAUAGCGACCAAAGAGGUAUAUACAAGUUUAGAUGUGAGUCGGUAUUAUAUUUUAAAUGUAUUUGUAACUCAAGAGAAUGAAUACAUCCAUGGGGUAGUUGAGUUUGUGAAUGGGACGAUAAGAUCAACGUUGAUGAAGAAAUCAGGGCAGGAUUUAAACUGGAGUUUGGGUUGGAGUAAAGUGUAUCCAGCAAAGUUUCAGAAAUUUGAAGCAGCUCUUACAGAUGAUGAGAGCUGGAUCGUCGGAGUAUAUAUUGAACCUCCAGGAGAUAGUAUGAUAACGAAAAUAGCUUGCUCUGAUGGAACUGUCAUUGAGACCGUCAGUAACGGUAUGUGCAAGAUAUUCUCUGGCUUAAAUAGUAUUUCAAUCCAGACGACAGCAAAUCAAAAAUAUUUAUUUCAAAAUUGUGCAAGUGAUGAUACCUUAAGAUCAAGGGUUUGAAAAAUAAACUUAGCAGAUUAUGGAGCUACUUGACUGACAACUUCAGAUAUCACAAGACAUUCAUUUGGGAUGACUCCUUUGAAUGAUCCUCAAGUGUUCCUGACAGGAUCAAAUGGAAAACUUGCAUCAGUUAUUUUCUUUAAGGUGAUAGAUUUUGACACAGCUAGUAUGAUCAGGGAGACUAAAAUGGAAUGCCCAGAUACAAAUUGCCCAAAUUUUAGACCAGUGUCUAUUCAUAUACCUCCAGAGAAUCUUAUUGUAUUCACAAUGGUCUUUAAGUCCACGAAUAAGUUUGGAAUUUUUGAAAUUGAUGACCAAAAUGGACUUUCUAAGAGUGGAUCUACUCCUAUCUUGUUCGAGAGCUGUCAGUACUGAUGUGGUAUUUUUGAAUAUGAAGGCUAUGUUUAUAUUCGGGCUAUAUGCAGCAAUGGAUCUAUUAUCUGUAAAUAUGAUUAUAUGAACCAUGCAAUGACUUCAGUGAAGCACAGCACUUUGUCAGGUCUUGUGCAUUAUGAGAUAAACAUGCAAAACCAACGGCCUUGAUAGAAUG